CUUGUCAUGCAUGUAUGAGUUUAUCAUGUGUAGCGAAUUUAGUAUUUUUCUUUCUUUCUUAUCAAACAGGGUCAAGAAGGUUGAACCAUCGAAAAAGAAAAAUGAGAAAUCAUCUGAUAAAGAUCAAUCAGUACCACAACUAUCUCAGGAUCAAGAAGCUCAACCAUCAAGAAAGAGGAAUAAGAAAUUGUCUAGUAAGGAUCAAUCAGUACCUCAACAAUCCCAGGAUCAAACUAAACCAUCAAGAAAGAGAAAUACAAGAUCGUCUAAUAAGGAUCAAUUAUUACCUCAAGCAUCUCAGAAUCAAGAAGCUGAACCUUCAAGAAAGAGAAAUAAGAAAUCCUCUACAGAGAAUCAAUCACUACGUCAAGACUCUCAGGAUCAAGGAGCUCCACCAUCAAGCAAAAGAAAGAAACACUUGUCUACUCGUUUAGUUGGUUAUCAUACAUAGUAAUCUUCUAUAAAUGUCAAAGACUAGAUGCAGAUGGUUGUACCCCUAUUUUUAUUUUUUGUUGCUGUUAAAAGUUUCA